CCGCCGCCGCCGGAGCCUCCUCCUCCUUCUCCAUUGUCCGGGCCGGGCCGGGCUGGGCCCAUGGGCCCUGCCGCCACGAGAGCCGCCCAGCAGCCGCCCAGCCGCGGGCGGGGGGCCUGAGGCCGAGCGCGAGCUAGCAGGCGCCAUGGGGGUGGACUUUGACGUGAAGACGUUCUGCCACAACCUGCGGGCCACCAAGCCGCCGUACGAGUGCCCCGUGGACACCUGCCGCAAGAUCUACAAGAGCUACAGCGGCAUCGAGUACCACCUCUACCACUACGACCAUGACAACCCCCCGCCCCCGCAGAGCGCCCCUCUGCGUAAGCACAAGAAGAAGGGCCGGCACGGCCGGGCGGCCAACAAGCAGUCGCCCAGCCCCUCUGAGACCUCGCAGUCGCCGGGCCGAGAGGUCAUGACCUACGCGCAGGCCCAGCGCAUGGUGGAAGUGGACCUGCACGGCCGCGUGCACCGCAUCAGCAUCUUCGACAACCUGGACGUGGUGUCCGAGGACGACGAGGCGCCCGAAGAGGUCCCGGAGAACAACAGCAACAAGGAGAACACGGAAACGCCGUCCGUCGCCCCCAAAGCCGGCAAGCAUAAGAAUAAGGAGAAGCGUAAGGACUCCAACCAUCACCACCACAGUGCCUCGGCGGGCAACAUGCCCAAGCUCCCAGAGGCCGUGUACCGGGAGCUGGACCAGGACACGCCUGAUGCCCCUCCUCGCCCCUCCUCGUAUUACAGAUACAUUGAGAAGUCGGCCGAGGAGCUGGACGAGGAGGUCGAGUACGACAUGGACGAGGAGGAUUACAUCUGGCUGGACAUUAUGAACGAGCGCCGGAAGACGGAGGGCGUGAGCCCCAUCCCCCAGGAGAUCUUUGAGUACCUGAUGGACCGGCUGGAGAAGGAGUCCUACUUUGAGAGCCACAACAAGGGGGACCCCAACGCCUUGGUGGACGAGGACGCCGUCUGCUGCAUCUGCAACGACGGCGAGUGCCAGAACAGCAAUGUCAUCCUCUUCUGCGACAUGUGCAACCUGGCCGUGCACCAGGAGUGCUACGGCGUCCCCUACAUCCCCGAAGGCCAGUGGCUGUGCCGCCGCUGCCUGCAGUCCCCCUCCCGGGCCGUGGACUGCGCCCUGUGCCCCAACAAAGGGGGCGCUUUCAAGCAGACGGACGACGGGCGCUGGGCCCACGUGGUGUGCGCCCUCUGGAUCCCGGAGGUGUGCUUCGCCAACACGGUCUUCCUGGAGCCCAUCGACAGCAUCGAGCACAUCCCUCCCGCCCGCUGGAAGCUGACGUGCUACAUCUGCAAGCAGCGAGGCUCGGGCGCCUGCAUCCAGUGCCACAAAGCCAACUGCUACACCGCCUUCCACGUCACCUGCGCCCAGCAGGCCGGGCUCUACAUGAAAAUGGAGCCCGUCCGCGAGACGGGGGCCAACGGGACCUCUUUCAGCGUCCGCAAGACGGCCUACUGCGACAUCCACACGCCGCCCGGCUCCAUGCGGCGCCUGCCCGCCCUCUCGCACAGCGAGGGGGAGGAGGAAGAGGAGGAGGAGGAGGACGGGAAAGGCUGGAGCUCGGAGAAAGUGAAGAAGGCCAAGGCCAAGUCCCGGAUUAAGAUGAAGAAGGCGAGGAAGAUCCUGGCCGAGAAGAGAGCGGCUGCGCCGGUGGUGUCGGUGCCCUGCAUUCCUCCCCACAGGCUCAGUAAGAUCACCAACCGCUUGACCCUCCAGAGGAAGAGCCAGUUCAUGCAGAGAUUGCACAGCUACUGGACCCUGAAGAGGCAGUCCCGCAACGGAGUGCCCUUGCUGCGCCGGCUCCAGACACACCUGCAGUCACAUAGGAACUGCGAGCCCGGGAGGCCGGCCCCUCCUCCUCCCGUGUCCAAGGCUGAGCAGACUCUGAUGUUCCUGCAGCGAGAUAACACAGAGGAUAAGAACUGGGCCCUGAAAGAGCAGCUGAAAUCCUGGCAGCGCCUCCGCCACGACCUGGAACGAGCGCGCUUGCUGGUGGAGUUAAUACGCAAGCGGGAGAAGCUCAAGAGAGAGACGAUCAAAAUGCAACAGGUGGCCCUGGAGAUGCAGCUGACCCCUUUCCUCAUCCUCCUGCGCCGGACGCUGGAGCAGCUCCAGGAGAAGGACACGGGCAACAUCUUCAGCCAGCCGGUCCCGCUGUCUGAGGUAACAGAACUCUACGAAGUCCCAGACUACCUGGACCACAUCAAGAAGCCGAUGGACUUCUACACCAUGAAGCAGAAGCUGGAGGGCUAUCGCUACCUGAACCUGGACGAGUUCGAAGAGGACUUCAACCUGAUCGUCAGCAACUGCUUGAAGUACAACGCCAAAGACACCAUCUUCUACCGGGCAGCCGUCCGCUUGCGGGAGCAAGGGGACGUCGUGCUGCGGCAGGCGCGUCGGCAAGCGGAGAAGAUGGGCAUUGACUUCGAGACGGGCAUGCACUUCCCCAUGGCCGCCGACGAGGCGCCUCUGCGAAGCACCGAGAACGACGAGGAGCGGAUGCUGCUGUCUGAGAACCAGAAGCACCUGCCCCUGGAAGACCAGCUGGGCCUGCUGGUGGAACGCCUGGCCGAGGUGAGCGCCGGGAAGCAGAGCGUGGGCUGCUGCCGGCGGGCCAAGAUGAUCAAGAAGGAGAUUACGGCCUUGCGGCGCAAACUGGCACACCAGCGGGAGUCGGGGAGGGAUGGGCAUGGCCCCCUGACCCGCAUCAUCCUGCCGGCCCAUAACCCCUGCGAGAAGGACACGCAAACCGACAGUGCCGCCGAGGAGAGCAGCAGCCAGGAGACCGGCAAAGGCCUUGGCCCCAACUCAUCUUCCACGCCUGCACACGAAGUCGGCAGGAGAACGUCGGUGCUUUUCUCCAAGAAGAACCCCAAAACGGCCGGGCCCCCCAAGCGUCCGGGGCGCCCGCCCAAGAACCGCGACAGCCAGCUGGCUCCGGGUCACGGGAACAGCCCCGUGGGACCCCCUCAGCUGCCAAUCAUGGUGUCCCGGCGGCCGCGCAAGAGGAGCCCGCGGCCCAGCUCCACCUCGGACAGCGACAGCGACAAAUCGGCAGAUGACACUCCAAUGGAUCUGCCAGCCAACGGCUUCAGCAGCGGCAAUCAGCCGGUCAAGAAAAGCUUCCUAGUUUAUCGCAACGACUACAACCUUCCACGCAGCAGCUCUGAAUCUGAGUCCAGCAGCACAACCAGCAGCAGCGCCGCCUCGGACCGUACCAGCACAACUCCUUCCAAACAAGGGAGAGGGAAGCCCUCUUUCUCCCGCGUGAAUUUCCCGGAGGACAGCAGCGAAGACACGUCGGGCACAGAAAACGAGUCCUACUCGGUGGGAACCGGCCGAGGGGUGGGCCAUGGCAUGGUGCGGAAGAGCAUCAGCCGAUCGGCCGGCUGGCUGUCUGAAGAUGAGGACUCCCCUCUGGACGCCCUGGACCUGGUGUGGGCCAAGUGCAGGGGCUACCCCUCUUAUCCAGCACUGAUCAUUGACCCUAAGAUGCCACGGGAAGGGAUGUUCCACCAUGGCGUCCCCAUCCCCGUCCCCCCCUUGGAGGUGCUGAAGCUGGGAGAGCAGAUGACUCAGGAAGCCCGGGAGCAUCUCUACCUGGUCCUCUUCUUUGACAACAAGCGUACCUGGCAGUGGUUGCCCCGCACCAAACUCGUGCCCCUGGGUGUGAACCAGGACCUGGACAAGGAGAAGAUGCUGGAGGGGCGCAAGUCCAACAUCCGCAAGUCUGUCCAGAUCGCCUACCACCGGGCCAUGCAGCACCGCAAUAAGGUGCAAGGAGAGCAGAGCAGCGACUCCAGCGAGAGCGACUGACCCUCACCGGGGCUCCCGCCCAGGCUGCUCGCUCGGUGCAGCUGGACUGUACGGGAGAGGGGAGCGGGGAGCUCCAGCCUCAAGAAGCCUGGGCCCUCAGUGGCCAGGCUGCGGGAGCUUGCGUAGAGCACCCAAGGCCCCUCCAGUGUGCUGAGCACACCCACAGAGCACUGUGCCCUCCGUGUGGGCAAGCCUACCUCUUGUGCCAGCCUGCCGUUCCUUCUUCCAUGCCUGGAAUUGCCCUGACCAGCUGCGUGAGCGACACCCAGCUGCCUGUAUAGCUCCCAAGGACAAUACCCCACUGUCUGGGUCCUGAGGUCCCCUGGGCCUUUGUAAAAUACUGUACAAUAGUGGGAGAAUGUAAAUUAUUUGGGCUGCUCCAUAAACACUCACCAACACACAGACCCCGGCCCCUCCUUUCCCUGCAUCAUAGUACCUGCCCUGAUCCAUUAGCCUUUCCUCGGCCCAGUCCUACCGACACUCUGCAGAGCAGGGCCGCUGUCUUCUCACUCGCACAUUUUGAUACUAUAGCUUUUUGGAACCUGGCUCUGCCUGAUCCCACCCCCCCUUGCCCUGUAGGCCCCCGGCUCUUCUUUCUGCUGCAGCCGGGUGCGCAUUUGUACUUGUAUUUAUUUUGGAGGAAGAAGAUCUCUAUCAAUUCUUAGAAAAUAAAAUGGCUCUUUUGGAA